AACACCGAACAAGUCAUUUCAUUUAUACUAAAAAUUUUUGUGACAUGGAUUUAUUUGAUGCAAUAAGUCCUUUGUACAUUUGUAGUAGUUUACUAGGACUCAGCCCCUACGGAUUUAACCGUGAGAAAAAUAAUCGUCAGUAUGUUACGUCUCGUUAUGGUUGUUACUAUUCGUUUUCUUUUCACAGAGUAACAAUUUUAACUGUAGACACUUUACCCUUGGUGUCUGUAAUUUUAAUGUUUGUCGAGUACUGCAACUGCAACUUAUACAUCAGCCCCGUUCUAAAAUCCUACACGGUAUUUUGUAACAGCGUUUGCGGUGUGGAGAUAAUUCUAAUCAUGGUUGAAGAAUAUCAAUUCUUCAUGUACCUGAUUUUACUGAAACAACGGUUUCGGGCCAUAAAUACACUUCUGGCAACCAACUCUGAGCCAAUAAACUCGCACAAAAUUCAUACCGUGUUGACGACGAAUUGCGAUAAGGGGAUGAUUGUGAAGCUUAGAUCCUUACAUCUCCAACUCUGUUCCGCCGGAAAAUUAUUAAAUGAAUAUUUUAGCAUACAAAUCCUGUUUUUGGUCGCAUUGUCUUUCGUUGGCUUCACCACCAACGCUUAUUAUUCCCUCGAUGUAAUUGCCGAUAACUUUGCCAAUAACGAGCGAGGUGUUGACAUUAUUCCGGCAACGCUUAUAUGGACUGUUUGCAGAUUCAUCGAAUUAGUUCUGAUAUCAGUGAUUUGCACUGCAACGAAAAACGAAGUGAGGGCAACUGGCGAACUGUUGUAUCAAGUCAAAGACAGGUUUCAGAGUGAUAUUGCUGUGCAGUUGCAGCUUUUUGGCAAACAAAUCCUGCAUUGCGACUUCAAAUUUACAGCUUUUGAUUUUUUUGACGUCGAUAUGACCAUGUUUUAUGGAGUAAUAGGUUCAGCAGCAACAUACUUAACCAUACUCAUCCAGUUUGAAAUUGCUGUGAAAGACUAUAAUAAACAUUCCAAUACGACUUCAGUGCCUUAAAAUUUGUUACAGUUUGAUUGUUAGUGCAACAAAUUAGGGGUUACUUUAUCGCUUCUGCUUCUAAUGUAACGCAUUCACUGAAUAAAGACCAAAAUGCAAAUUA